CACAGCAUUCCCAGAAUAGACUCCAAAAAUACAACUUAUCUACUGCUACAAAUUUAUUAUGCUGGUGUUACGAUAAAAGAGGAUUAAUUUGGAAAUUAAACAUUUAAUUUCUAGUGUUUUAACUUGAAAGGAAACGAGAAUAUUUAUUAACUUGAAGAUUUAAGGAGGGAAAAAGUCUUCAGGACCAGCAGCACCCAGCAGGGGCAUUUACACAGACCUGGCAACCAGCAGAGCACCGGAAAAGCCUGUGUGUUUAUGCUAAAGGAUGUUUAGGAGUGCUCAGUUUUGGACAUCAGCAUACCUACUGGGGACACAUAGAUCACUAUUUGGGACACUCAACAAGAAGAAAAAUCUUGGAGAGACAGUGUGCAAUAGCCUCCUCUCCCAGCCAUUUUGCAUGGUCAGUAGCGAGAGAGGAACACAGAGGAAACAUUAUAUAUCUGAGCCAAAGAACAGUAAAUAUGUUUCACAAAAAACUCUUCAAAAACCUUUUUCUUGCCUUGGUAACACAAGCUGCUCUAUCAAUCCUGCAGACACUACUGACUUCCUAUCAGUGUGUAAAAUAAAUGUUCAGUACAGUUCAAAUAGCACUGUUUCAGAUAAUUUCAUCCUCAGGGACUGUGUUCCUAACAAGUGCCUACUACCUGAAAACCAUACAGGCAAACACAGAGAUUCUGUGGAUAAGUGGAGAGCAGAUCUAAACAGCAGCGGUAAAAGUCAGAAGAGCUACCAUAACACAGGGGCCAUAUCCUUCACUAGAUCAUAUGAGUUAAGUAAAGGGCUCUGGACUUCGUAUCAAGAGCGAUGGAGCCAUCUUGGACCUCUAAAAUCCCAAAUGUGUGGUUUGCACAGGAGAGUCCCACAGCAGGCUGCUUUUGAAGACUGUCUAUCAGCCAAGAAUGAGGAACGCUGCAGAGGCCACCUGCAGUCCAACACUGCACUGUAUGAGAAGGAGACAGGGAAGAGCCGGGCAGCUGUGCUUGUGUCUCUGUGCACAGUAGGGGGAGAGCCUGCCUUUCUUUUCACCCUUAGAUCCAGCAAACUGAGGGGAAGACACAAAGGUGAUGUCAGUUUUGCAGGGGGAAAGCAAGACCCCUCUGACAGAAACAUUGUGGAAACAGCCCUGCGGGAAGCCAGGGAAGAACUGGGGAUUAAUGUGACUGAAGACGAAGUGUGGGGGGUUCUGAAGCCACUGAGUGAUGUGACAGGAAUGAUGAUUGCACCUGUGUUAGCUAACCUUGGGCCACUAGAGACUCUAACACUCCAUCCCAACCCAAGUGAGGUGGAGGAGAUCUUCACCCUGACUGUUGCCCAUCUAUGCAACCCUCAGAACCGAGGCUAUACACAUUUUCGCACUGGUAAUCACUAUGGAUACACUCUUCCUGUGUUUCACAGUGAUAAGUAUAGAAUCUGGGGCCUGACUGCAAUAGCAUUGGACCACACACUCAAGCUCAUUAUGCCAGUGUAGCAGUUGUAGUACCACAGAAGAUUAGGUCUUCAAAAAUGUUGAAAGUUUAAGUAACGACAUCACUGUUUGCUUGUAAUAAUCGAAUCAUGAGUGGUAGAAUUCAGUACAAACUUUGCAAAUAUUUGUGCUGAGUGAACAUAAUUUUGAAACUGUGUUGUGUGUUUUGUUUAAUAAUGAAUGGUUUUAUUGAUAAGCAGUUUUUCUUAAAGAAUCUAAUCAGACUUUUCAAGAAGGCUGGAAUAAUGUAUAAAUAUCUACAAGCAUUUGCAGUUUACUGAAUUUGCUGCUUUAGAGAAUAUCAGUGUGGAAAAAUAAGUACUGUUGACUACUAUCAAGACACAACUUUGUACCAGAUGUUAUACAUUCUAUAUGUCUGCCUUUUAUAUGUCCAAUAAAUAAUCAUUCUCAUAUAA